GGCGGUUUACUUUCGUUUCUUUUUUUUUUAAUUUUCGCGCAGCAAAUAGCAGCCGUGCAACGUCCCUCGAUCAGGCACCGCUGUCAUUAAAAGAAAGGAAAUCUCCCGUUUUUUAUUCGAAGCUCGUCGUCCAGAUGCUCUGAAAAGGACCAGGCUUGAUGAAUUGAAAGGAAGCGACUGCUAACUGGGAACCUAUGAAUCCAAACAAGCGCCGAGACAGGGAGACAGGACCCGGAGGCCAAGAUAACUCCAAGAAGCUGGCAGUAAAGGAACUCAUAGAACGUUACUACUACCAGUUGACGGAGGGCUGUGGUCGGGAGGGCUGCUCCAAUGAGAACUGUGCUUCCAGCGGUCGCUUGCGUCGCCUGUCACCGAAUGAGGCUGCCGCCCGAGCGCUGCAUCUAAUGAUGGCCAAGGCUGCACUCUGUGACAGAGCAGCCUCCAACCACACUGUGGAACUACCACCCGAGGCAUCUUCGUGUAGGUUAACCGAACUGAGUAGCAAUACAGUAUCGGCAUGUGGCGAAGGCGCGACAUCGGCAGGACCUGCUGGAGCAUCGCAGCAAAUGGAAUUGGAUUCCGAAUGCUCCUCAUGCCGGCAUCCAGUUGCCUCUGAUACAGGCGCACAGAGCGAAAGAAGUGCAAAUGGCACAAGCAUCAACACAACAGUGCUUGCAGCGUCAAGCUUAAAAGACGAGCUGCGCCCUCAAGAGAUGGAAAUCGACCUGUACUGCACGUUCAGCGAUACGAGCCCACUUACAGUGCUGCCGAAGAAGCCAAUGAGCGUAAUAAACGCCCUUUCUCCACAGGAAAAAGCUGCCACCUCUGGAACAACAGCACCAACAGAGACGGCCCCAAAGGCUCCGCGGACGUAUCGCAUGCUGACCGAGGAACUCCUCCUCAACCUGGUAUCCGAGUGUCGCUCCUGUGGCAACUACACGCCCCUCAUCCACGCGUUAGGCCAGGUGUUCUCGCGGGAAAAGUUCCUCAAGCGCAGCUUCCCGCGGAGGCCAUCACCCUCUUCGGAGGAUGGAGGUCUGACCAAGGAGGAUCUGCGUGCUAUGGAGGGCGACAUGGACAAGGACCAGGAUUCGCUUGAACUGGAAGGCGGAAUGGCGUCCAGCGACAGUGAUGACAUGCUCGUGGAGGCCAGUCUGUCAGAAGUGGUGCCUGAUGGUGUAUCUAGGAACGUUGCAGCUAUGCUAAAGGAACUCAAUGGAUUGGUGAACCAGGAUAUUCCAGUGGAUGUAGAGUCUGUCAGGAGGUCUUACGAUGUCUUGUUUUCUAUACCAGACCUCCCUUUUCUCGACGCUUUAGUGAAUGCCAUCAUGAUCCUCUGUGAGAACCUGGAAAUUGGUCUCAAGUACCACAAGGCAUACCAGAGGGAUCCCAGUCUUCUAUCUGUGUUUGUGGUGCUGCUAGAGCUUCCGCUGCUUGAGGGACCCCUGUGUGGGAGUGCGUUGCACGCAUUGUGUCGGGCUUGCGCCCUGCUGCCGCCUGAGGCCCAGGCACGGCUGGCCAAACAGUGGGGGGCCCAGUGCCCUCCUCACCGUCUGCGGAACACCCUCAACGCACUUCAUCAGGUGCUGACGGCACGUGUCAUUGAGGGACACUUUGGCCGAGACUUCGGUGUCGCCGACGAUGAGCUGUUGGUGGCUUCGAUCAAGACGAUGAAGAUUCUGUUCAUGUCCAAUGUGCUUGGAGGUGAGCUGGAACAAUGUAGAGAAGAAGAGGAUGAAGUACUCACUACAGACGACGGUCGACCCCUUCCUAAGGACCCAUCUCAGAUGCUCAAGGACGACCCACUGUGGGACCUGCUGGGUGUCAAGGUGGCUGACUGCCGCAAGCCACUAAUACCAUGGGAAGAGUUUUACAACGAGCCCUUGAGUGAGCAGCUCGAAACGGACCGGGGUUUUGUGCACUCCCGGGGGGCCAACACCAAGGAAGGCCACUUCUCCUUCCUGGGCCACGCUUUUGUCCUGACACCCGCCGUGAAGGCGUUGGGCCUUUACUAUGACAACCGCAUCCGAAUGUACAGCGAACGUCACCUGUCGGUGAUUCAAAUGCUGGUGGGUGGCGCACCGGCUAACCCUUACCUUCGGCUGAACGUGCGCCGUGAUCACCUCAUCGACGACGCACUCCACAGGCUAGAGUUGGUCGCCAUGGAGAGCCCGUCAAGCCUGAAGAAGCAGCUGGUGGUGGAGUUUGAAGGAGAGCAGGGAAUUGACGAAGGUGGUGUCUCCAAGGAGUUUUUUCAGCUUGUUGUCGAGGAAAUCUUCAACCCUGACAUAGCAAUGUUCACUCUGAACAGUGAGACUCAAACGUACUGGUUCAACCCAACGUCCUUUGAGAGUGAUGCCCAGUUCAAGUUGAUUGGGAUCAUCUUGGGUCUGGCCAUAUACAACAACGUCAUCUUGGACGUGCACUUCCCCAUGGUCGUGUACCGGAAGCUGCUCGGACGCAGGGGCACCUUCCACGAUCUCCAGGACUGGAAUCCUAGUUUAGCAAAGGGCUUACAGCAGCUGCUGGACUACAAAGGGGACGACAUGGAAGAAGUGUUUGUGCAAAGCUUUAGAAUCACCUACAAGGAUGUGUUUGGCACUGUGCUCUCCCAUGACCUCAAGGAACACGGCGACACCAUUCUAGUCAACCAGGACAACAAAUGGGAAUUUGUUGACUCAUACACUGACUUCUUGCUCAACAAGAGCAUAGAGAAGCAGUUCCGCGCAUUUCGUCGUGGUUUCUUGCUUGUGACUGACGACUCUCCCUUGGAGAUGCUCUUCCGGCCAGAGGAAGUGGAACUGCUUGUAUGCGGCAGCAAGAAUUUUGACUUCAACGCUCUUGAAGAGUCAACCGAGUAUGACGGUUACACAGCCAACAGUCCUAUCAUAAGACAUUUUUGGGAGCUGGUGCAUGAAUUCAGCCAGGAGCAAAAGCGAAAGUUGCUUCAGUUCGCGACGGGCAGUGACCGGGUACCUGUGGGCGGUCUCUCAAAGCUCAAGCUGGUAAUUGCACGCCACGGUACAGACUCUGAAAGGUUGCCAACGGCGCAUACCUGCUUCAAUGUGCUUCUCUUACCCGAGUACUCUUCCAAGGAGAAGCUGGCAGACCGCCUGCUCAAAGCCAUAAACUACUCGAAGGGAUUCGGCAUGUUUUAAUAGCCAUCCCCAAGCCUAACUGCAUACCAUGUCUUGUACCACUGAUUGAUUUCCCCUUUGUUUCCUUCUUGCAUCAACAAGUGCGCCCGGCUGGAUAACUUUUUUUUUUUGUGCUCCUGUGACACCGCUUCUCAUGUCUCCUGUCCAACUGCAUUGCAGGCACAGGUGAAUAGCGCGCCUGCCUAGCGCGUCAGUUCGACACGAGGGCUACUUACUCGGCCAUGUAAAAAGACAGAGCCACGCUUGCCUGCACUUUCCUCACUUUCACUGUGGUCCUCUCUCAGAUUGAUGAGUGUAGAUUUCUUUCUGCAGGAACCAGAUGUGACAAAGGCAAUCUCCCCUUGUGAGAGCGCGAUUGCUUUUAUUAGCUUUUAGCCGUUCAAAUGAUGUAUCGAAAUGGCUGUUGAGGUUAGUAAAAGAUUGACGUGUCAAAAAGGAUUGUAUUUGAAUUCAGUACGAUGUAAUAAUGUCUUGAGAAAAAGUAUGGUAGCUCUGCGGUUGGAAGGAAAGCACUUUUUACUGAAACCCAUGAAGUUGGUGUGGUGUGCUGCUUUUGUAUGACCACACACGAUUUCCACAUUUCUAAAAGCGCAAUAUGAAUGGAUGUAUGUUUUUUUUAAGUUCUCUUUUUUGCAAAGUGAGAUUCUCCUUCCAUCUCAGUAUAUAUAGGUUGCGAGUACAUAAACCUUGCAUCUUCGGAAGCUGGUUACCUUUUCCACUUUCUAAAGCCGCACUUUUAAGUAUCCAGAGGGGAUAUACGUCGAUACCUGACGGAGUUAUGACAGUGGAUGGUAACGUUUGAACGUGAGCAUAAUUAUUUGUCUAGUACAGCAGUUGGCCGCUUCCAUUGCAUACUGGCAUCUUUCGCGCAUUGUCCCGAAAGAUUAUUGUCUGUGUAGAACUGCUAACGAGAGAAUUGGUGCGUCUUUUAGAAAGGUCAUGGUUAGGAACAAGCGAGUCAUGUACUACGUGUGCUGUAAUUUUGUCACUUGUAAAUUUGUUUUUUGUACAUACACAUUGCUAAAAAAACAAUGUAGGAUUGCAGUACGCGAAACCCUCCAUUUGGGAAGUAUAGCCAGCUACAGUGAGCCCCUCGGAGGCCUUUCCCAUUCACAUGGCACUGAGGAGUUUGGCGAGGUUUGUUUUUAUUUUCGUUCUGUGCGCAGUAAUGAGAAUGUUUCUACAUGCUGUAUGCACAUAUAUGUAUACAUAAUGCUUGAAGAAUUUCGUGAUUUAGAGUUUGAUUACAUCAUCUCCUACUGCCCUACAGGAGGGUCCUCAAGGAAACUAACCUUGUGUUAGCUUGUGCUAAAGAAUUUUUUUUUACAACGAAAUCAGUACAAGGUGGUUUGUGUUUACCAUCGCUGUUUUCGUUUUUUCAGUUCAAGAACAAAGUACCCUAGCUGCAGGCAGAUAAUUGGUUGUUGCAAGCAAAGCACAUUGUUGACAGGCUGCCAGUAAACUUGACCAUCUGCCAGGCAGACACAACAUUGUGCUUGUAUCAACCAAAUGUUAAGUGAAAUAAAGUCAGUUUCUUUUGUUU